AAACUUAAAAAUAUGGUAUCAAGUUUUCGUGUUUCUGAACUGCAAGUGUUGUUGGGGUUUGCUGGACGUAAUAAAAGUGGGCGGAAACAUGACCUCCUGAUGAGGGCACUGCACUUACUGAAGACCGGCUGCAGCCCAGCAGUUCAGAUAAAAAUCCGAGAACUCUAUAGGCGUCGGUACCCAAGGACGAUUGAAGGACUAUCAGACUUAUCAGCUGUAAAACCUGCUGUUUUCAAUUUGGACAAUAGUUCCUCGCCUGUGGAGCCUGACCUGGCUGUUGCUGGCAUUCACCCUCUCCCUUCUACUUCAGUCACGCCUCAGUCUCCUUCCUCGCCUGUCAGUUCCGUGCUCCUCCAAGACCCUAAGCCCCACUUUGAGAUGCAGCAACCAUCCCCUCCGAUUCCACCUGUUCAUCCCGAUGUUCAGCUGAAAAGCCUACCUUUUUACGACGUGCUUGAUGUGCUCAUAAAACCUACAAGUCUAGUACAGAGCAGUAUUCAGAGAUUCCAAGAGAAGUUUUUUAUCUUUGCUUUAACACCUCAGCAGGUCAGAGAAAUCUGUAUUUCCAGGGACUUCUUACCAGGAGGCAGGAGAGAUUACACAGUCCAGGUUCAGCUAAGGUUAUGCCUAGCAGAGACAAGCUGCCCUCAAGAAGAUAAUUACCCUAAUAGUUUGUGUAUUAAAGUAAAUGGGAAGCUGUUUCCAUUGCCGGGGUACGCUCCACCUCCAAAAAAUGGAAUUGAACAGAAGCGACCUGGGCGCCCCUUGAAUAUCACAUCUCUAGUUAGGUUGUCAUCAGCGGUGCCAAACCAGAUUUCCAUUUCCUGGGCUUCUGAAAUCGGAAAGAAUUACUCCAUGUCUGUGUAUCUCGUUCGUCAGCUCACUUCAGCUAUGCUUUUGCAGAGGUUAAAAAUGAAAGGGAUCAGAAACCCCGAUCAUUCCAGAGCACUAAUUAAAGAAAAACUAACUGCAGAUCCUGACAGUGAGAUUGCCACAACCAGUCUACGGGUAUCUCUGAUGUGUCCCCUGGGGAAAAUGAGACUGACAAUCCCAUGCCGAGCUGUUACUUGCACACACCUGCAAUGUUUCGAUGCUGCUCUUUAUCUUCAAAUGAAUGAGAAGAAGCCUACCUGGAUCUGCCCUGUCUGUGACAAAAAGGCAGCUUAUGAGAGCCUAAUAUUAGAUGGACUCUUCAUGGAAAUCCUUAAUGAAUGUUCAGAUGUGGAUGAGAUCAAAUUCCAAGAAGAUGGCUCUUGGUGCCCCAUGAGGCCAAAGAAAGAAGCUGUGAAAGUAUCAAAUCCUCAGUGCACCAAAAUAGAAAGUUCCACUGUCGUUAGCAAACUGUGUUCUGUCACGGUGGCCAAUGAGGUAACCAAGAAGAAAGUUGAUGUGAUUGACUUGACGAUAGAAAGCUCUUCUGAUGAAGAGGAAGAUCCUCCUGUCAAAAGGAAGUGCAUAUUUAUGUCUGAAACACAACGAAAUCCAAACAAAGGGGUUCUCAUGUAUCAGCCAUCUUCUGUCAGAGUGCCCAGUGUGACAACGGUCGAUGCUGCUGCUAUUCCUCCUUCGUUAACAGACUACCCAGUACCAUUCCAUCACCCACCAAUAUCCAGUAUUUCAUCAGACUUGCCAGGUCUGGAUUUUCUUUCACUAAUCCCAGUUGAUUCCCAGUACUGUCCUCCUAUGUUUUUGGAUAGUCUCACCUCAACCUUAACAAGCAGCACGCCUGGCAGCAUCAUCACAUCAACCAGUCACCACGAAAGCAGCACGCACGUUAGCUCCUCGAGCAGGAGUGAGACGGGAGUGAUAACCAGCAGUGGAGGCAACGCUCCCGAUAUCAUCUCACUGGACUGA